AUGAGGACAGCCCUGUGUUUGUGGAUCGUUAUGGCAGUGCUUUGCCCGGGAGAGGUCAGAGGUCACAAAGGUAACGGAGGUGACCGCCACCACGGUCACGGGCGCGAGCAUGGUGGUGGGCACGACCGCGACCAUGGUGGUGGGCGCGACCGCGACCAUGGUGGUGAGUGCGACCGCGACCAUGGUGACAGGCGCGACCGCGACCAUGGUGACAGGCGCGACCGCGACCAUGGUGACAGGCGCGACCAUGGUGACAGGCGAGACCACGACCAUGGUCGAGACCACGACCAUGGUCGAGACCACGACCAUGGUCGAGACCACGACCACGGGCAUCAUCACCAUGAGCCCAGUGACAACAGCACUAAACCAGUGAUCCAAGGAAACGGGGAGUUUGCUUUCAGCCUGUACAAGCAGCUGGUUGUUCAGCCUGACAACCAGGGCAAGAACGUGUUCUUCUCCCCGCUGAGUGUGUCCCUGGCCCUGGCAGCUCUGUCCAUGGGGGCCAAGGGUCAGACCCACCAGCAGCUUUUCACUGGUCUGGGCUUCAACAGCAGCCUACUGACCCAAGAACAGGUGGACCAGACCUUCCAGACCAUCCUCACACGGCUCAACCAGAAGAAAGGAGUGAACCUGACCAUAGGAAGUGCACUUUUCCUGCAAAACACCUUUACACCACGCCCCAAGUUCCUCGAGGACAUGAAGCGCUUCUACCUUUCUGAGGGUGUCACAGUCGACUUCACCAACACUGCUAAGGCCAUCGAUACAAUCAAUACAUACGUGGGGGAGAAGACCAAAGGCAAGAUAGACAAGUUAGUCAAUGAUCUGGACCCAACCACUGUCAUGUACCUCCUCAGCUACAUUUACUUCAAAGGUAAGAGGAUAUUGCAAACUAUAAGACAAAAUAACAAUAAUAAAAAAAUGUAAUAGGGUCCUUGAAAUGAAGUAGAGUUCACGUCUUUGAUUGAUGCAGAUCUUGUGUACACGUAAUUCCUUCUAACUGUCAAUAUGUCUUUUUGUCUCUGGGUGUUGUUUGUGUUAUUGAUGCCAUUGUACCUUUUGGCUGUAUCGCCUGCUGAAUCUUGCUGGGUCUCCCUCAGAAAACCACUUUUGGUCUGGUAACCUUUACUCACCACAUCACACCCUGAAAUGUUUUACGAUUUUCUAAUUCCCAAGGAAAAUGGGAGAUACCCUUUGACCCUGAAGACACGAAGGAGGACACAUUCCAUGUGGAUGAAAACACCACUGUUCCGGUCCAGAUGAUGAGCGUGGAGAAGAGGUUCUCUGUCUACUACGACCAGGAGAUCUCCACCAGUAUCCUGCAUCUCCGCUACAACGACUCAGUGUCCAUGAUGCUGGCGCUACCAGAGAAGGGACUCGCUAGUCUGGACAAGGUCAUAUGCCACAACCACAUCACCAAGUGGCACAGGUGGAAGAGGGCCAGGUAUAACCCGUCUUAAUCAUUAAGCAUCACUCUCAUAGAACUAAUAAAACGUUGGGUGGGUAAAACAACCACAUAUCACAAUCAUUGCAAGUAAAACCUUCUUCCUGUCCAUGUUUAUCUUUAGGGAAUACCAGGUGCAUGUUCCCAGGUUGUCCAUCACCACAACAUACUCCCUUAAGGACAUCCUGAGUGGAAUCGGAAUGCCGGACAUAUUCAGUGAUAGAGCUGACUUCAGUGGAAUAUCAGAGGAACUGAAGGUGGCUGUCUCAGAGGUGGGGAACCCAUUCACUCUCAGUGAUUCAUAAAGACAUAAAUAUACAGGGAAACAACAGACAACUGCAACAGCAACGCACUAACCUCUAGAGCACGACCAUGUAAUGACAGCCUUAAUGUUACUGUCAUUUUCAAUUCGUAGUUUUAUCCCUGCCUUUUCAGGGAGCCCCUGAAAGCUCUAUCUGGCUCCCCAGGGGUCCCGGGAGAAUCACUGCCCUAGAACAUACUAUGUGUAUUCGCUAUGUGAACCAUGUGAACUAGGCCUAUGUACUGAACAUCAGACUGCAUUGUGUGGUUGUUUUCAGGCAGUGCACCAAGCCUCCUUGGAUGUGGAUGAGGCUGGAGCGACCGCAGCAGCUGCCACAGGUGUGGUCCCUAUGCCCCUCUCCUCCCGACACACCCCUGUCUUGAAGUUCGACCGUCCAUUCAUGAUCUUUGUCAUGGACCGGGAGACCAAGAGUAUUCUCUUCAUGGGCAAGAUCAUCAACCCAGCCAACAAAUAA